AUGGGCCGAGCAAAAUUGAAGAUGGAACUGAUUAGUAAUGAAAAGGCGCGUCAUUCGACCUUUCAGAAGAGAAAGAAGGGUUUGAAGAAGAAAGCUUAUGAACUAUCAACACUAUGUGACGUGAAUGUGUGCAUGAUCAUUUACAGUCCCAGACAGAAUGAUCAUCCGAUGGAGCCGGAGACGUGGCCUACGAAUCCCUAUGAGAUUCAUCGCAUGAUUGAAUUGUUCAAGAAGCGAACUGAGCAAGAUCGUACUACCAGGACACUUGAUUUGUCCCAUUUUUUCAUGGACAGGACUAAGAAAGUUGAAGAAGCACUGGUGAAACUGCGCAAAAAGAAUGAUAACGAAGCUAAGUAUCCGACUUGGGACGACCGGUACAACACUCUGUCAGAGGACUACUUGAGGGAAUUGAGCUGUAUGCUGGAGAAGAGGCUUGUGGUCGCCAAGUCUCAGCUUCAAUUGAGCAAGGGAAAACAAAGUUUGGAGGUGAUGCCAGGUGGUAUGAUAGAUUGCACUCCAAUACAGUCAAGCCAGAAUCAUCCUUAUAAUUUCAUGGAUGACUUUGGUAGAAACAGCAUGCAGUUGAAGUAUCUUCGUGAGCAGCAAUCCAUUCCUUCUUCAGGUAAUCAUCAUCCUCAACUUCAUUAUUACAACCCCACUACUGAUCAACAUCAACAUCAACAUCAACAUCAACCUCAACCUCAACCUCAACCUCAACCUCAACCUCAACCUCAACCUCAACCUCAAAGGGGACAUUAUUACCCCACUGAUCAACCUCAACCUCAAAGGGGAGGAUUCAUGCCACUGGAUCCAUACUCGACGAAUUCAAUGAUGAUGAUAAUGAAUGGUAAUGGCUACUGCAAUCAGCUUGGUGGCGCGGGGUCUAGCAGCAACGUCAUGUAUCCAAUGGAUGGAUCAAUUUAUGUUGAUCCACCAAUGCCACUGCCACUGCAACUGCCCAACAUGAUGGAGAACAUUAAUAAUCCCAUAUUAAUGCCCUACCCAGUGAUGUCAACCGCUCCAUCCCAAGUGCAUGCCGCACCUUUUCAGGUGAAACAACAGUAUGGUUAUCAUCAUGAAGUCGAUGAUUUUCAGAUGAAGAAUAAAAAUUAA